UGAAAUGGAUAAGAAGGUAAGGUAAAGGCCACAAAGUGUGUGUAUGUUCUCCCUAAGGAAAUGAACGGUAAGAACCCAAAAGUACAUCCAAAGCCAUGCCUACCCUUGCCAACGCCAACCCCAACACUCUCUUCUCCUCUCGCAUCUCCACUCCCCACAAAUCCCGCCACCGCCCCCACUUCCCCGUCAUCACUGCCUCCCUUCCCAUCCACCGUCGCCAUAUCGCGACAACCCUUGCACUGGUGGUUGGGUUGCAAGCUGCAACACCCCUCGUGGCGCUAGCCCAAAGUUGGGGUACACAUUCGUUCAUUAAGGAGAGAUAUUUCGAGCCCGGUUUGUCAGCCGAGGAGGCAGUGGCGAGGAUAAAACAAACAGCGGAAGGACUUCAUAGCAUCCGUGAGAUGCUUGAGACGACGUCAUGGAGGUAUGUCAUCUUCUACAUUCGUUUGAAGUCGGCCUAUCUGUCCCAAGACUUGAAAACUGCCAUGACUACUUUGCCACAAGCUCGCCGAAACGAUUUCGUUAAGACCGCUAAUGAGUUGGUUGAUAACAUGGCUGAGUUGGAUUAUUACGUUCGCACACCCAAGGUGUACGAGUCAUAUUUGUACUACGAAAAGACAUUGAAAUCCAUUGAUGAUCUGGUGGCUUUACUUGCAUAGAUGUAAAUAAAAUAAUAUCAAAUGUUCUUCAUCCCCCAAAAUUAUUGAAUGCAUCCAAAUUUGUAGAUUUGUGUUAUUGUUUUAAGAUUUCUGUAGUCUUUUUUAUUAGUUAAUUGUAUUAAUUAAUUCAUGUGUAAAAAAUUAUUUUAUUCCAGUAAUUGUUAUGAAAUAAGAAGGUUAUUAAUUA